UGACUUAUGUUCCUAUGGCAAAUUCAAUAUUAAAUAAACAAACAAAGAAAGGACAGCAAGCCCAUAGGUGUAGAUCAAUAUGGAGACAUCCAAAAUAAAGACAGAGUAUAGUCCUAUUUCGCAGAGGAAGCCAGGAAGGGCGAUUCAGUUUGACUGGAGUUUUACCAACAAUAUGGAAGUGUGCCGAAGGAUUGGAAUUCUACAGGAGCGAAAAAGAUUUCAUGAUGAGUUUUUGGAGAAAUUAAAUUUUAAAUGUCCAUUUCCUCUAAAAUCAACAAGAAAUUUGACAAAAAAGGAUUUUAUAGCUCAGUUACACGAAUUCGAGAAGAACUGUUCAGUGGAGCCAUGUGGUUGCAUUUUGGUAUCCGUGUCCUCACAUGGAGUUAUUCGGAAGACAGAAGAGCAUGCAGAUGACAACGAUGUUGAGCGUUAUGAGGAUUUUAUACUAACAUAUCCGGAAAGGAACGAAUUUUCCAAAGACUUUAAAGAGGAAGGUGUGUCGAUAAGGGAAAUUGUCAAUAUCUUUAAAAACACACGAAAGGGUGUACCAAAAAUAUUUUUUAUUCAGGCGUGCAGAGGUAAACAUGAAGAUAACAAAAUUGACCUGGGAAUAGAAACAAAAGGAGAUGUUCCUGUUCCAUAUACUUUUCCUGCUAUGCAUGUACCAUCAGAGGAUAAGAUGGUGUUCUCACCACCAUGUAUCGAGGACAGCGUCAUUGUGUUUUCAACACCAAUAGGUUAUGUGUCAGGAUUUAAUAGUAAACAAGGCAGCCAUGUAUGGACCAUUCUGUUAGACAAGUUUACCACAUUAUGUAAAAAUGCAAAGCCAAUUAAUCUCUUAGACCUUUUAAGAGAAACGAACAACGAAUUAGCAAAAGAUAACACACAGUUUAUUGGUAAUGUUGUUUAUAAACCUUUGCUAAGUGUAUGUCACUGUCUUACGAAACACAUCAUUUUUGAAUGAUAAUGUUUAUUGUACAAUUACAUGUUAUCACCAGUAUAUCUGGGGAGGAGAGUGAUGUUACCAGAACUCAUGACUGGGCCAUAGAGGUGAAAUGGUGGAUAUUCUUUAGAUCUGAUAGUUGUUAUUUAAUUGUAAUUCAUGUAUCUAUUUACAUUAUAUGUAUAUAUUUUGUGAGCGUUUUGUUUGUUCAAG